AUGAAGAACAUCUGGAGCUGGAGCCGCACAUCUGGUCGCAGGGCUAGCCUCCCCCACCCCCCGCCGGGCUCUUCAACACAAACUUUCCGUCCCGCUCGCUCCCUCCUCCGCGCCCGGCGCCUCCCGCUCGCGUCCGGCUCAUUCCGCACAUUCCGGGCGGCCCCCUCCCCGCAGCCCUCCCCGCGACCCCCUCCCCGCGACCCCCUCGCGGCCCCGCGGCCCGCGGCCCGGCAGCGCCCGGCGGAGCGCCCCCGCCAGCUCGGACCAGGCUCAGGCUGCCCAGUGGGCUCAGGCCCAGAGCCCAGAGCAACCAGCACAAUAGCGUCCAACAGCUGGACCGCCAGCAGCAGCCCCGGGGAAGCCCGGGAGGAUGGGUCCGAGGGCCUGGACAAGGGGCUGGACAACGAUGCCGAGGGCGUGUGGAGCCCGGACAUCGAGCAGAGCUUCCAGGAGGCGCUGGCCAUCUACCCGCCCUGCGGCCGCCGCAAGAUCAUCCUGUCGGACGAGGGCAAGAUGUACGGUCGGAAUGAGCUGAUCGCGCGCUAUAUUAAGCUGAGGACGGGGAAGACCCGGACGAGAAAGCAGGUGUCCAGCCACAUACAGGUUCUAGCUCGGAAGAAGGUGCGGGAGUACCAGGUUGGCAUCAAGGCCAUGAACCUGGACCAAGUCUCCAAGGACAAAGCCCUCCAGAGCAUGGCGUCCAUGUCCUCUGCCCAGAUUGUCUCCGCCAGCGUGCUACAGAACAAGUUCAGCCCGCCCUCCCCUCUGCCCCAGGCCGUCUUCUCCACUUCCUCUCGGUUCUGGAACAGCCCCCCUCUCCUGGGACAGCAGCCCGGACCCUCUCAGGACAUCAAGCCCUUUGCACAGCCAGCCUACCCCAUCCAGCCGCCCCUGCCGCCGACGCUCAGCAGUUACGAGCCCCUGGCCCCGCUGCCCCCGGCUGCCGCCUCGGCGCCCGCGUGGCAGGACCGCACCAUCGCCUCCUCCCGCCUGCGGCUCCUCGAGUACUCCGCCUUCAUGGAGGUGCAGCGCGACCCCGACACGUACAGCAAACACCUGUUUGUGCACAUCGGCCAGACAAACCCCGCCUUCUCCGACCCGCCCCUGGAGGCCGUGGACGUGCGUCAGAUCUACGACAAGUUCCCCGAGAAGAAGGGCGGGCUGAAGGAGCUCUACGAGAAAGGCCCCCCGAAUGCCUUCUUCCUGGUCAAGUUCUGGGCCGACCUCAACAGCACCAUCCAGGAGGGCCCGGGCGCCUUCUACGGGGUCAGCUCCCAGUACAGCUCCGCCGACAGCAUGACCAUCAGCGUCUCCACCAAGGUGUGCUCCUUCGGCAAGCAGGUGGUGGAGAAGGUGGAGACCGAGUACGCCCAGCUGGAGAACGGGCGCUUCGUGUACCGCAUCCACCGCUCGCCCAUGUGUGAGUACAUGAUCAACUUCAUCCACAAGCUGAAGCACCUGCCCGAGAAGUACAUGAUGAACAGCGUGCUGGAGAACUUCACCAUCCUGCAGGUGGUCACCAGCCGCGACUCCCAGGAGACCCUGCUCGUCAUUGCUUUUGUCUUUGAAGUCUCCACCAGCGAGCACGGGGCCCAGCACCACGUCUACAAGCUCGUCAAAGACUAGGGUGCCCUCCGCCCCACCACCAGGAUCCAGGACGAGCCUCUUCUCACACACCUGCCUGGCACCGGGGGUCCA